CUUUAGUCUCACCUUGUCCCUUGUCGCGAGGAGUGACACCUCCUGAACUCACAGCCAGAACCUCUUGGAAGCACACAGUGAAAAUUCUAUAUAAUUUCAAUUUCCUCCGACUUUGCGGAAAUGAAAAAUUCCAAGCUUGGCGAUGCCUCAACAGCGAGGAAUCUCUACGAUUUCUCAGCAUACGACUUCGAGGGGAAUCUCGUGAGUUUAGCCGAGUACGCAGGGAAGGUAGUAGUGAUUGUGAAUGUGGCAACAAAGUGUCUUCAUGCAGAGAAGCAUUUCAGGGAAUUUGCGUACCUGGCAAAGAAGUACCGAGACAAGGAAGGACUUCGCAUCAUUGCCUUUCCAUGCGAUCAAUUUGUGAGUGAGCAUCGCGAUGCCAAUGAUGACUUUGAGUGCCUCAUGGACAUGGCAGAGCCACCGUGUGACUUCUUUGCCAAAGUGGACGUAAACGGAAGCAACAUGCAUCCACUGUGGCAGUGGCUGAAGAAGAAGACUCACUCUGUAGGGGUUAAUUUCAUCAUGUGGAACUUUACGAAAUUCAUUGUGGAUAGAAAUGGGUAUCCUGUGGAGCGAUUUUCGCCAAAUACGAGCCCCAUGGAGAUGGAGAAUCUGCUUCUUAGAUUGUUUUAAUUCAACUGCGUGAUGCUGAUUCUAAAUUACUUUGCAACUUUUUUCUCUUCUUCUUCUAAAAGCUUCUUAGAGAGAUCUUUUGCACAUAAUUCGAAUAUACAUUGUUGUACAAUUAGAGGGGCUAUUUUGGAUGAGUUAUGAAUUUUUAUCUCCGGAAAUUUAAUACAAAAAUUGGAAUUUUGUUCAAAUAACGGAAUAAAUAAUUAUGAUUAAGUCUUUAGCAUAAAAAUUUGAUGAUAUUCUUUGUAAAUUUUAAUAUUGAAUUUUUUAUUCAAUAUGCUUGUUAUUUUAUGAUUAAGGGUUGGGUUUUAUUGUACAUUUUUAAAACUAAAAAUAAGAGAAUAAAAAAAAAUUAUGAAACAAAAUCUAAAGGUUCUAAGUAAUCUGCGAAAGUUUUAUUGAAGGCAUGGAUUGAUUGGUUUUACUUCGUUUAGAACCUUUAAAUAUAAACAAAAUUCUUUUUAACAAUUUUUAUCUUUUUCUACACUUUUUAAUCUUUCAAAUGUAAAAAAAAUUGUUAAUUUAAGAUAAAUCUUCAUUGAAUAAAAUUACUUU